AUGUCUGCCCAGUUCCGACUACCUGACACACUGGCGACUUGGCCGUGGCCAAGAGAGAUCAACCCCUACUAUGACGAGGUCAUGGCGGAGUCUUCUGAGUGGUUCCGGUCGUUCCACGCUUUCUCGGAGAAAGCCCAGAGAGCUUUCGAUCUAUGUGACUUUAGCCGAUUGGCUUCCCUUGCGUACCCCGCACUCACCAGAGAACAACUCCGUACAGGAUGUGAUCUGAUGAACGUAUUCUUCGUUUUCGACGAAUACACGGACAACGAGCCUGUCGAUGUUGUCAAACAAAUUGCCGAAAUCUCCAUGGACGCUCUCCGGAACCCACACAAGGCCCGCCCUGCUGGCGAAAACGUCGUCGGUGAAAUCACGCGGCAAUACUGGGAGCGCGGAAUCUUGACUGCCACUCCUACUGCCCAGCGCCGCUUCAUAGGGACGUGGGAACGAUUCACUGCGUCUGUCAUACGCCAAGCAGAGGACCGCAGCCAGAACCACAUUCGCACUAUACCAGAAUAUUUGGCGCUCCGCAGGUACACUAUCGGCGGGGAGCCGUCGUACGCCAUGCUUGAGCUCGGCCUAAAUAUCCCAGACGAGGCGUUCUACCACCCUACUAUGGUGGAGCUCACGUGGGUCGUUACGGACAUGAUCAUAGUCGGAAAUGACAUCUUCUCGUACAACAAGGAGCAGGCGGCGGGCGACGAUAUGCACAACAUCGUCACUAUCGCGAUGAACGACCUGCAGACUGACAUCUACGGCGCAAUGGAGUGGAUCGACGGUUUCCACCGCGAGCUGGUCGAGCGCUUCUUCGAUCUAUGGGCCAAGCUGCAGGAGCUGUCAUGGGGCCCGGAAGUCGACCAGGAGGUCCCCGAGUACGCACGGGGUCUCGCAGGCUGGGUGCGCGCGAACGAUUGCUGGUCCUUUGAGAGCGGUCGCUACUUCGGGACGAAGGGCCUAGAUAUCCAGAAGCACCGGAUGGUAACACUCCUCCCCAAGUCGAAAGGGGCGGAGGACACUGUAUAA